CCACCUCCGUCUUCCCCAACCCCUCAUAUAUGGACUGGUUUUAGUUACAGAGAGGGAGAACCGGAAGAGAAGGGAAGAGAGAGAAGGAUAGUGAGAGAAGGAGAAGAGAACAGACUGAAGGGGAGAGGAGGAAAGUGAGAGAGAUGGCCGAGCUUGAGGACGUCUCGGCACCCAUUACCCCACGGUCCACUACCGGAGCCACCACCACGACACCGCCGACUCCCGCCCCACGCUCGCCAUGGAACGUCCCCAUCACCCCUCGCUCCAUGGCUGAACCCCCAACACCUGGCGGCCUCCGCUCGCCGAUCCCCCACUCCACGAUGAUGAUACGUGAAGUCGUCUCUGUCCCUGUAACUCCGAGAUCAACAGCCUCUGUCACGCCUCCUGUCCCUCACUCCCCUUUACCCCCUCUCCCUCGACGCCCUCCUCCCGUGAUUUCAGCUCCGCCCUCCAAUCUCCACUCUCCGUCCCUCACUCGAUCGCCUCUCCUGCAUACACCGACGACCACAGGCAACACGCCACGGACACGGUUCUCGACGCCGUUUGCGAGCCCCAUGAGGAGGGCAAUUGUGAACAUGCGGUCGUAUUUGGAAGAUGUUGGACACCUCACGAAGCUGGAUCCGAUGGAUGCUUGGCUGCCCAUCACCGAGUCGAGGAGUGGGAAUGCCUACUACGCUGCGUUUCAUAAUCUGACGGCUGGGAUUGGGUUUCAGGCUCUUGUGUUGCCUGUUGCAUUCACCUUUCUUGGAUGGACAUGGGGGAUCAUCUGUUUGUCCAUAGCCUACUUCUGGCAGCUCUACACCCUCUGGAUCCUCACUCGCCUCCACGAAUCUGUCCCCGGUACCCGCUACAGCCGCUACAUCCAGCUCGCUAAAGCCGCUUUCGGGAAGAAAUUGGGAGCAUGGCUCUGUAAGAUCCCCAUCAUGUACCUAUCGGCAGGCACAUGCACGGCAUUGACAAUUGUCGGGGGCAGUAGCAUGAAACUCUUCUUCGAGAUCGUGUGCGGAUCAUCGUGUCACUCUGAUCCCCUGACCGCAGUGGAGUGGUAUCUGGUGUUCACAUGUUUGGCUGUAGUCCUCUCUCAAUUGCCCAAUCUCAACUCCAUUGCUGGUGUCUCACUGGUUGGGGCAAUCACUGCUGUGGCCUACUGCACUCUCAUUUGGGUGCUCUCGGUGGUCCGGCCGCGACCACCAGGUGUGUCCUAUGAUCCCAUCAGGGGGAAAUCGGAUCCGGCCACUGCUUUCUCCAUUUUAAACGCUUUGGGUAUCAUUGCUUUUGCAUUUAGAGGCCACAACCUGGUUCUUGAGAUUCAGGCAACGAUGCCGUCGACACUGAAGCACCCAGCUCACGUGCCAAUGUGGAGAGGAGUUAAAGUGGGGUACGUGCUCGUAGCUGCCUGCUUGUUCCCUCUUGCAAUAGGGGGUUUUUGGUCCUAUGGCCACUUGAUACCUGCCGGGGGGAUGGUCAGCGCUCUGUAUGGCUUCCAUAUGAAAGACAUUCCAAGGGGCUUGCUGGGGCUGACAAGCUUGCUAGUGGUGAUAAACUGCCUAAGCUCCUUCCAAAUCUAUGCAAUGCCUGUCUUCGAUGACUUUGAGCACGACAUAACAAAGAAGAGCAACCGCCCAUGCCCUCGUUGGCUGCGCUCAGGGUUCCGAGCAUUCUUUGGGUUUAUAGCCUUCUUCAUUGGGGUGGCCUUCCCCUUCUUGUCAAGCCUUGCAGGGCUUCUAGGAGGGGUCUCUUUACCAAUAACAUUGGCUUACCCCUGUUUCAUGUGGAUCUUCAUCAAGAAGCCUGAGAAAUAUAGUGCAAAUUGGAAUAUCAACAUGGGUUUGGGUUGCCUGGGCAUAAUCAUGAGCACUUUGGUUGUGAUUGGAGGACUUUGGAGUACCAUUGACUCUGGUCUGAAGCUACGGUUCUUCAAGCCUGAGUGAUUCUUCCGAAACAAUGCAUUAUGGUUGGAGCUUUGUUUUAUUAAAUGGAAGGUGGUUGUUUUUUUCCUUCUUUUUUUUUUGCUUUGGGUGGGUAUUCUUCGAUUCGAAUCUUGGAUGUAGUAGUUUCUGGUCCUUGUCUAGACCUUACCACUGAGCCAAGACUUUGAAUCCAUCUAUACUGCAGAGUGAGUGUGAUGCAUUCAUCAAAAUUUUGUAAAUUAUAGCAAUCAAGCAAUCAUAUUGUGAAACUAA